CCGAGCUGCCAUCCCCUCUCGUCAGAGGCAUUAACCCCCAUCCCCAUCUCUCGCCGGCUGAGAAGCAGCUGUGCCCCGGGUGCGAGGAAGCCAGGAUGGCCAAGCCCGCUCCCGCUGAGCCAUUCUCCAUACGGUAAGCGCGCGCGCGUCCUUCUCCGUCUUUCCCUUCUCGAGCUUCUGCUUCGUCUUCUGACCGUUUGGCCUGGCUGUGUUUUGACGCGAGCGGGGUGUUCCCGAGCGUACGCGGCUGACCUGCUCGAAUGGAUGCGCAGGGGUUACGCCAUGAGGAUGCGAGCUGUCGACGCGGCCGAGUGCUACCCGUUCGUCGGUGGCUGCCGCAGCGAUGUGGAGGGGGAAUCACCGCCGCGGUUCCGUCCGAUGGACCCGAAGCCGCUGUCACGGUGGUGGAAGCACGAACUCGCGGCGGGGCAGGCCCGACUUUUGGCUGGCGCCAAGGGCGGAGAGGCUGCGGCAUCCGGCGGUGGGCUGCGGAAGGGGACCAAGAGGAAGGGCUCUCGCUCGAGUUCCACGGGCGAGAGGGCCAGGAAACGGCGACACGUGCUUCAAUUUAGGUCCUUUCUGACGAAAAAGGAGAUAACUGCUAAGCCUCAGUCAACAUCUUGUUUGCAUGAGCACAAGUUGCAUAUGGCAUUUCCGAGAAAGCAUAAAAGUUCCACUGUCCAUCCAAGUACAGAACUUCAACCAAGGAAGAAACGGGAAGAGGCACGUGAUCACAUGCCAACUCAUGGAAACAGCAUGAAUAAACGAAACAGAGAAAGAGCGGGCCCUUCUAGUGAAAUGAAUAGUGACCUAAUUGGGAUAAAGGAAGUGACCUCAGCUGUAAAUAAGCAAAGCAUAGAAGUCAAUGGUUCGACUAAUAAUCCUACAAAUACUGGCUAUGAAUUGGUGAAAACUCCCACAGGGCCCAAAGAUGAUAUCUUUGGAGAUCUCCCUCUCCUGGAAUUAGAAAGCUCCAAGACUAUGUUUCGCACUGGUGUUCAUGAACUUCCAACUGUUAUUGAGGAAUCAUUAAUAACAAAUCAAACCGAAGCAGAUUCUAUACCAGAAGCGGUACCCUUGAAGUUGAUAGAUGCAUCUGACAUUACUGCUCAGACACCAUCUCCUCUUGAAGACUUGGUGAAAAGUGAAGCUACUGAGCCACCAUGUAUCUCCCACAAUGAUGUGGCAGGGAGUCACCCUUCCACUGUUGAGAUUGAUGGUCUUCCAAAUCAUAUGAACAUCAAUAUGGUGAAACCAGGUCUUGGUGAUAUGCAAUUGAAAUUUACUGACGUGUCUGCUUUAGGUUCUCAUUCUGUUCUCAGGUCAAAACGUGGUUCUGGUAACCCUAUGCAGGGUUGUUUUGAUGUGAACAAAAACUGUUCUCAGGAAAUGAAAAAACAUGGUACAAAUUCUAUUAGCAGUCCACCUGCCAUGAGAACCAGACCUGAAGAGACUAAAUUUAAAGAUGCACCAGUUAAAGGCAAGAAGAGUACUGAUAUCACUGGUGCAGUGGUUACACUACCUACGCUUGCCAACCAACUUUCCUAUCAAGCUAGUGUGUUGCCCUCUGCAGUAUCACAUACAGUUUUCAGCAUAAGAGUUGAUUCAAAUGACUUGUCUUCAUUGAGAAGUAUGCCUGCCGAGGAAUGCAUCCCAACUACCAGACCUGGUAACUUCAGAACUAAUGUGUGCCAUGGAAGUAGGGAACAUGUGGAUCCAUAUGCGGCACAAUCUACUGAUAACCAGGGUAGCUCACACUCAAAACUUCACCCAAUUUGCAGUCCUGCUAACAUUGGAAUGGCUUUUAUGAAGCUACCGGGCCUUGAAAGAAUGGAGAUCUCAAACUGCAAUGCAAGGAUAGGUGAAAACAGGUUUAGUAAUGCAGAGUCAAUGAACACAGUAAGAUGUCAGAAACAACAGUUGUUGAGUGGCAUGACCUAUGUAAUGGAAGGUCAGAAACAGAUUGGUCUAAGCAGCUCUCAAGUUGGGAAACCAGGUCUGGAUGGUUAUGGGGGCCAAGGUGAUCAUCAUCUGCAGCAACCCACAGUUCGUUUGAUGGGUAAGACCGUCUCAGUGUGCUCACAUGGCAAGGAUCAUAAUGUAUGGACCAUGGAUAAAGUCAGUCCUGACAAUGUUGCCAUUGAAACAAGCCGCCUAUCCAAUAGCACGUCAGGGCAAAAUACUACUUUCAGUGGCCUUCAUAACCAAAGGCCAGAACCAAUAAGUAGUGUUCCAAUAGUGAAAGAUUGCACUUGGAAUUUUGGUAAUCAGUUUGUUCGUCAAGCUGAACUCAAUAAGGCAGCUAUAGGCAGUUCCAACUCUCAGACCAGGCAUCUUGAGCUACAUCAACCACCUCAUUUGAUAAGCAUUCCUCAGAAUCAACAGUCUCAUUUGUGGACACCUGCAGCACACAUGAGUAGGAAAGAUCAGUGUUUUGUGGGUCCAGCAGCGAACCAAUCUUCUCUGGUUCCAAAAUCACUGCUAAAUGCAAGCAUGCAGGAAAAGUAUCAGAAAUCCACUUUGUUGUCUUACGAUGAUCCUAGUUCUAUGCCUAUUCGCCAACCCUACCAGACACCUGGUGUAAAGUCAUCUUCUGGAUCUGUCAUAUCCUUUUUUGAGUAUGGUGCGAAUAAUUCUUUGUCCAGAAGCUCUUCUCCUGGACUGACUCUUUCUCUUACAACUGGUUUGGCUAAUGACUCUAUUUCAGCAGGCAGAGCAGCUUGUGCAGGCAGCCUUACAAAUGCAGAUGGUAGGAAAGCUGCUAGCUUUGCCGAACCAAUAGGCAAUAGAUCAGUUUAUGCAGAUAAUGUUUCACAGCAACCUGCGAGGCCAAUAAGCAACAGAACAGCUUAUGCGACAGAUAAUGUUUCACAACAACCUGCAAAGAGACAAGUUGUUACAGAUAGACAUGAUUUUAUGUCUAUGGGCCCAAACAUUGUGAACCAUUCACCUGGCUGGUCACUUAGUGAUGCAGUUGGUCCUCAGGUACUUGAUUUUAGUAAAAGAGUAGCAAGAGAUGCUGUUCAAACGUCAAGAAAUGAAAGCAACAAUCCAAGGGCCAGUUCCGGUCCAGUUCUGCCUAUUGAAACAUGGUCUAGGCCUGGCGUGGUUGCAGGGGCUAAUAACAUGUUGAAGCCAGGUCAAAACCUGAACGAUCAUUCCAAACUGCUAUACUCCACGAAAUUUCCUGUUGAUAGUGCUAUCAAUUCAGUUGUAUUAUAGCGGAAAGCAAGAAUAAUAAUAAUAAGGCGUCCUUGUUGAAGAUAGAUCUGGAGUUUUUCAGGAUUCAAACAGUCAGGCACAGGACACUUGUAAGAGGUCUACGUUUCUGAACAUGUUAGUUUAGCAAUUGAUAGAUUGCUUUAUUCUUGUAAUUUCCCCGGUCAAAUGUGCAAGGUUAUUUGAUUGUUUGAUUACAUGUCAUGCCAUAUCUGACAAAAGCUGGAGGACAGAUCAACUGUACAGAUUGUAACUAGUUGAGUGCUUUUUUGGGGCACUUGAUUUCUAAGACUAAGCAGCAUUUGCUACGAACCCACUUGAUGGGCAGCAGUUCAAUUUCAGAGAUGAUGUAUUGUACUGUUUGAUCUUGAAAGCAAAGCAUAAAGUUUACUUUCAGCCAGUUUCUGUAAACCAUCAUACAAACUUUCGGAUGCUGCACUUGAUUGGUUUGCAAUUAUUAGCCACUGCUGUUACAAAGCUGCAUGUUUCACCUUUUUUUGGCUUUCUUACAUCUGAAAGAUAGUCGAAAAGAACAUUCAGAACGAAAUGGUCCUUUUACCAGAUUCAUCAGUCCUGGCCUUUAUGGUUAAAAAAAAUCAGCUUCGGUGCAAGUGAUAGCUGCUGGCUUCUUGAUUCCCACUGUUGGGAGCCCUCUGACCCUACAACCUAGGGAAAAAGGUUACUGGUGAACGCAGUUGCUUCAGACCUUUGCAACUGCAAUGUUCUUGGCUUUCCUUGAACCAAGAGUAAAGAAGGCUUUGCAUGAAGCACAGAUCCACCUGCGCAUCCCUUGUCAUAUACACCGUCGCGAAACAAACAACGGGGGAAGGAGAUCAAGAAACGUACGUCAGGCCGAGCUUGUCGCCAUCUGGUGGCGAGCCGUCGACAACGGAUCAUGGGUGUCCUCGGUACCCUUGCUAGAAAUCUGGACGCCCUCGUUGGGCCAGGGGUGAUGCUGCUUUAUCCUCUCUACGCGUCCAUGCGCGCCAUCGAGAGCCCUUCUUCCCUGGACGACCAGCAGUGGCUCACCUACUGGGUCCUGUACUCGCUGAUCACCCUCUUCGAGCUCUCAAGCUGGAAAGUCCUGCAGUGGUUUCCCCUGUGGCCGUACAUGAAGCUGCUCUUGUGCUGCUGGCUGGUGCUGCCCGUCUUCAACGGCGCGGCCUACAUCUACGAGGCGCACGUCCGGCGCUACUUCAAGAUGGGCACCUACGUGAGCCCCAGCUACGGCGAGCGCCAGCGCCGGGUGCUGCAGAUGAUGAGCCUCGACGCGCGCAAGUCCGUCGAGCGCUUCAUCGACACGCACGGGCCCGACGCGCUCGACAGGAUCAUCCGAGCCGCUGAAGAGGAAGCCAAGAGGGAGAAACCUGAAUUGUUCCGGGUGGAAACCGAAGCAAGUCUCCCAUCGGUUGGGUAGUCACUUGUGCAGAAAUCGUAUCGUAUGCGUGUGUGUGGUUGAUCAUUACGUCGGGCUUGCCCAGCAGUUGGAGAAGAGAUGCCCGGCGCCCAUGAGAGCAUGCAUGCAUAUAUGACUUUGAAAGAAGCCGCGAAUUUGGUGUACUUGUUAAUGAAAAUUUGGCUUGGACCUGUGAAAUCCGUAUCAGCUAAAAUACGUCUGGUCUGAUCCUGAAUGCAACCGCACAAGAGAUUGAUC